AUGGCCUCGCACAUGAACAUGACCGACUUCAACUUCCCACCGUCUAUGACACAGUCACGUCACGCUGUGCUAUGGCCCCACGACCCUCCAGCCGAGGCCAUGGUCUUCAGUACUGACGACGCUGGGGGCUUCUACUUCAAUCAAGACACAAACAGAACCGCGUGGCCUGACAUCGGAGCGAGCCGCGCCCAAACUGGGUCUGAAAGCAGCGGUGAUGCGUCACAAAUCAACACUCGUAUAAUCACCCCCAACCUCUUUGUCGAUGGCCGCAUUGGAGAAGACAACGACCUCGACGACGACGAGCCCUUUCAGACCAACCUCCACAUCGCGGCCGAGGCCGGUCAUGACAGCCUCGUAGGUCUUCUGCUGGGCUCGGGGUACACCGUCGAUGAACCCGACAGUGACGGCAACACAGCUCUGCAUAGGGCCAGUCUUGGUAAACAUGUGAAGGUGAUGUCGAGGCUACUCAAAGCCGGUGCAAAUCCCAACGCGAUGAAUGUUCACGGCUGGACUCCCGUGCAUAUGGCCUUUUCUCUCGGCUCGAUGGAGGUAGUAGAGGUCCUGGUCCGACAUGGUGGUGAUCUGAACAAGCGUGCGAAAGAUUCAAGGAAGCUCUCGUAG